UUUUUUUUUUGUGGUACGAUAAACCCUUAUAUACUAAUGGCAUGUCAGCUGGCUCCCACCAUCCUAAAGAGGUGUUCAAAUGCAGUCGGCCGACUUUUUACGGCAACGGAGGGGCGUCAAGAGACUCAAGAUUGCGGCCUGUGGGUCCGCACUCUCCUAAACUCCCCAUUUCCUCUUUUCUGUAGCCACCCGUUUACUAAACCCGCUCCUCCAAAACUCCCCAUUUACGUGUGUCAAUCACAUCUCAAUUCACCCACCCGUCAUUUUCCGACACCAGAACAAUCUUCAUCUCCAAUUCCUUAAUCUUCACCCAAAUUACACACAUACCCAAAAGAUUUCGCGUGAAGACACCAAAGAUCGCGCCCUUUUAGGCUAUACCCACCAAGUGUUUGUUAAAAAUACUCAUUUUAACAACUUUGAGAAUAUAAAAUCCGAAAACAAAUGGCAACUGCUACUUUGGGUUCAUCGACUCUAAUCCAAUCGCAGAUUAAUGGUUUUAUAAAGCCGUCUAUCUCCCAGUGUAACACGCUCUCUUGCACAAGGAGAGCCAUUAGAACAGUCGUGAAAGCUAGUUCUCGAGUUGAUAGAUUCUCAAAGAGUGAUAUAAUUGUUUCUCCAUCGAUUCUGUCUGCAAACUUCUCAAAGUUAGGAGAGCAGGUCAAAGCCGUUGAGGUGGCGGGUUGUGAUUGGAUCCAUGUUGAUGUAAUGGAUGGCCGAUUUGUUCCAAACAUAACAAUCGGAGCUCUUGUUGUUGAUGCAUUGCGCCCAGUUACAGACCUCCCAUUAGAUGUUCAUUUGAUGAUUGUGGAACCUGAACAACGAGUCCCCGACUUUAUAAAAGCUGGUGCAGACAUAGUCAGUGUCCACUGUGAACAAUCUUCCACCAUCCAUUUACAUCGAACUAUUAAUCAAAUUAAAAGUCUUGGAGCAAAAGCUGGAGUAGUGUUGAACCCUGCAACACCAUUAACAACCAUAGAAUAUGUCCUAGAUGUGGUGGAUUUGGUGUUGAUUAUGUCUGUAAAUCCUGGAUUUGGUGGCCAAAGCUUUAUUGAAAGCCAAGUGAAGAAGAUAUCAGAUUUGAGAAGAAUGUGUGUGGAGAAGGGUGUGAACCCAUGGAUUGAGGUAGAUGGUGGAGUGGGCCCCAACAAUGCAUACAAGGUCAUCGAGGCUGGGGCUAAUGCGUUGGUUGCUGGUUCUGCUGUUUUUGGAGCUAAAGAUUAUGCUCAAGCAAUAAAAGGUAUUAAAACCAGCACAAGACCCUAAACAUGUUUCUUAUCCAUUAUCUCAAGUAUUUGAAGACAAAAUGUUGGAUUUGAAGACAACAGGGAAAGAGGAUUCUAUACCAAAUACCACAUUGCUUCAUGAUGUUGUGAGAUUACUCGUAUAAAGAAGAUGGAUAUUGAAAAAUGGCAUGCAAAUGUGUAUAAAAAGUUCCAUUUUUGCCCUUCACUUCUACACCUUGUUUAGCUAACAUUCGAGUUGUUAUGAAAUCUUGAUGUAACUGAAACAUGAUAGGGAAUGAAGAACAAGUGGCAAUUUUACGA